UUAAAAAUGACUUUUACACGUUCAGGUUAUCUCAAUCUUUGUUUCACUGAGUGAAUGCCUCUUGCUCGUCUACGUUUCAGUUUCACUGUUCCAUUAGUUUGAGUUCCAUAGUUUGAGUUUCAGAAUUCAGUUUGGUAUUAAUCAUAAAUUUGCAAAUAGAUCAUGCCACAGUCAUCAGACCUGCAGAAGUUCUGCCUCCGGUGGAACGACUACCGGAGCAGCGUGACUGCUGCAUUUGAGGGCCUGCGGCAGGAUGAGGAGCUGUUAGACAUGACGCUAUGCUGUGAGGGCAAGAAGAUCAAGGCGCACAGGGUGAUGCUGUCAGCAUGCAGCCCCUUCUUCCGUGAGCUGCUGAAGGAGAACCCCUGCCAGCAUCCAGUGUUUAUGCUGCGGGACGUCUCCUACCGCGACCUGUGGUCGGCCAUUGAGUUUGUAUACAAAGGAGAGGUGAACGUACGCCAGGCCGACCUGGCCACCUUUCUGAAGACUGCCGAGAUGCUUCAGCUGGGCUUACCGAAGAGGAUGGCAAGGGUCAGCUGCCCCAUACCCCGGCUGGCUCGGGGUCGACCGUCUCCAACUCUGCUCGGUCGUCCGCCGGCACCGCUCGCCGCCGGGCCUGGGAGAAGUCCUCGGACACCGAGCAGCCGGCCGAGUCCUCCUCACGACCGUCCAAACGACCGCGGCCGGCCUCAGACACGGCCGGCCCGCCUCCACCGCCGCCGCCGCCGCCGCUGCAGUCAUCGGAGAUCAAACAGGAGUCGUCUCCACCGCCCCCGCCGCCUGUGUAUGGUGUGGAGGAGAGUCCCGCGUCGUACAGCGCGGAGGAGUCUGACCCGAGCCUGCAGACGAUCCUCUACCACAGCGUCACGCCCGAGCCACGAGAGGUAGACCUGGACUCCGAUGAUCGCACGGCCGGCAGCACAGACUCGUUCCAGUUUCUGAACACACCAAACGUGGCCGGUAAGUGUCUAUCAUUCCCGACCUGACCCUGGCCGU